UAUCCCUCCUCCUCCCCUUUUCUAAACCAUUUCACGGGGUUGGUGGGGUGGUGUUUGGUGUCUUCAGGGUUGGUGGAAGAGAAUAAGAACUCGUUAAGUAGGGAAGGAUUCGGCAAAGCCCGCGUGUCUCCCUCCUCCUCAGCUACCCCGGUAUGGAGGCCUCUCUCUCCUUGCUCUCCUCUGCUACCUCCUCCUCAUCUCCUUGUCUUCCCCUCCCCUCUCGAUCCCGAAUUCCUCUCCGAUCCCUUCCGGGAUCUAAUUUUUCGAAAGCCCUGUCCGUCUCCAGAUCCAUCGACUUCCCCUCUUCUUUCCUUCGCUUCGGAGGCUCUUGGGACCGGAGGGAACGCGUUCCAUCGGUCAAAGCUAGCGCGAGAUCGGAGCUUUCCGCGGAUCCGAUGGCGCCCGUUGAUCCCACGGUGAGCCCGAGGGUGAGCUCCGUUAGACCCUCGAAGACCAUGGCCAUCACCGACCAGGCGACCGCCCUCGUCCAGUCUGGCGUGCCUGUCAUCGGGCUGGCGGCCGGGGAGCCGGAUUUCGAUACGCCCGCCGCCAUUGCUGAGGCUGGGAUUAAUGCUAUUCGAGAAGGUUACACGAGGUACACGCCGAAUGCCGGAACUUUGGAGCUUAGGAAGGCAAUUUGCCACAAACUCCAGGAGGAGAAUGGCUUAUCAUACACACCCGAUCAGAUCUUGGUGAGCAAUGGGGCCAAGCAGUGUAUCAACCAAGCCGUGCUUGCAGUUUGUUCGCCAGGGGAUGAGGUCAUAAUUCCGGCACCUUAUUGGGUCAGCUAUCCUGAGAUGGCUAGGUUGGCUGAUGCAAAACCAGUAAUUCUUCCCACAAACAUAUCAGAUAAUUUUCUUCUGAAACCAGAGGACCUUGCUUCAAAGCUUAAUGAGAAAUCAAGGCUGCUGAUUUUGUGUUCUCCAUCCAAUCCUACUGGCUCUGUUUAUCCAAAGGAGCUGCUUGAGGAGAUAGCUGAUAUAGUAAGGAAGCAUCCAAGGCUCCUGGUACUAUCUGAUGAGAUUUAUGAGCAUAUUAUUUACCCACCAGCAACACACACAAGCUUUGCUUCACUGCCUGGAAUGUGGGAAAGAACUUUGACUGUGAAUGGAUUUUCUAAGGCUUUUGCAAUGACUGGUUGGCGACUUGGUUACCUUGCUUGCCCUAAACACUUUGUGGCAGCAUGCGGAAAGAUCCAAAGUCAGUCUACCUCAGGUGCUAGUAGCAUUUCUCAGAAAGCAGGUGUCGCUGCUUUGGGCUUGGGUUAUGCUGGUGGUGAAGCAGUCUCAACCAUGGUGAGAGCAUUCCAAGAGCGGCGAGACUUCCUUGUUGAAAGCUUCAGAGAACUGGAGGGUGUGAAGAUCUCAGAGCCCCAGGGUGCUUUUUAUUUGUUCAUAGACUUCAGCUCCUACUAUGGAACUGAAGUCGAAGGGUUUGGCAUUAUCAAGGACUCUGAAUCCCUUUGCCGGUUCCUUUUGGACGAGGCACAGGUUGCGCUCGUACCGGGGGAUGCAUUUGGAGAUGAUAACUGCAUCCGAAUGUCCUAUGCUGCAUCCCUAUCGACACUACAAGCAGCAAUGAAAAAAAUAAAAGAAGCCAUGAUUCUCCUGAAGCCCCCUAUCCCUGUUUCGUAAUCGGAAUGGUUGGGUUAAAGGGCACGCUCUUUGUUGUUGUAGCUUUAUGACAAAAUGUCUGAAAUCUUUAACUUUCUGACUUUAGCUUCUUCAGGAAAUUACAUGGCACAAAUGCAUAAUAAAUUGUCUGUGUUACAAAUUUGUUGCACUAUUCUCCUAUAUUUUGAAAAUCUUCAAUCAUUUGGAAGUUUCAGUGGGCAAA